AUGUCAGAAAUAAAUUUUCCCAAUCAUAUUCUCACACUGCUUGAUGGAACUGAUAUAUUAUUGAAUAUUUCACAAGAGUUUCUGUCACCAAAACAAAUAUCCAUACCAGUAAAAGAAUAUUAUAAGAUGGUGAAAUAUUAUAUAACAGCAUUGGAUAUAAAUAAUAAUGAAAUAUAUCUUAAGGAAUACUUCCUCUAUGGGUUGUUUCAUAAUAACCAGUUAGAAGCCAGAAGAUAUGAAACGGACCUGUCAUUAGAUGAGCUAGUUGCAAAGUUAAGUGUGAUUGAAAAUAACAAAAAAAAUAAAUAA